AUGAACACACACAACCAAACAUCGAACAAUUCGUUGAUUUUUGAAGAAAAUUCCUCUCGAAUAGGUGUAAAACAACGUAUGAUAACUAUUUCGUUAUUAGGAAUAUGUCUUAUUCCAUCAUUUAUUUGUUUUCUUUUCAUUUUUUAUUAUUUCAUUCGCUUACGCAAAACUUUACUUUUUGAUCGCAUAAAUCAUCAUGUGAUUUUAUGUAUUUUAAUUUGUGAUUUCCUCAUAAUUACAACUGAAUUACCAUUUACAUUUCAAUAUUUAUCAUUGGGAUAUUUUCCAAAAUCGAAUCUUUGUCCAAUCUGGAUAUUUUGGGAUUACACAUCUGAAGCACUUCCUUUGUUUUUAACAAUGUAUGCCUCAAUAGAACGUUAUUUCUUAGUAUUUCAUAAACCUUGGAUAAUAAAUCACAAAAUUUUAUUUCAUUAUAUUCCAAUGGCGAUGGCAUGUUUAUACACAAUCGGUAUCAAUUCAUAUCUUGUUUUAUUCAUUCCAUGUGAAGAAAGUCGUGUAUAUGAUGUAGAUGUCUUUGUUUGUGGAGGCGCAUGUUAUUUUAGUGAUUUUCUACCGAAUAUUUAUGAUACAAUUGUGGAUGUCAUGGUACCACCUUUUAUUAUUUUGAUUUUUAAUUUAUUGAUUAUAGUUCGGGUUAUUAUUCGUAGACGAAAUGCCUUAACAACAGUUUUAGUACCGAAUAUUUUGAGAAAAAAUCGACGAAUGAUUUUACAGUUAUUGGCAAUUAGUCUUUUAAGUUUAGCAAUAUGGAUGCCUUGGGUUGUGAUUACCUUAGGACAAGAUUUCUAUGAUCCAUCAUUUGCUCAACAAUUCAUCGAUAUUAUUAUUCAUUAUUUACCAUAUUUUUCUAGCUUUGUAUCGCCAUUUUUAGCACUAAUUGGUUUACCAGAAAUUCAAGCAAAAUUCAAGAAAUUUAAUAUAAAACCAACAAUGGCUUUGAAUACGAUUAAUCCAACGAAUGCAUGA